UUGGUGGGCACGGACCGCGUGUCUCCUCAAAGCGCGGACUACAUCAGCUCGCAUGGAACAGAGAACAGAAUGUGGACCCAUACCAGACGGAGAUCUCUACAAAUUGGAGUUCAAGUACUACAAAUCCAAACAAAGGCCGCCCGACCUAUCGUCAGUCAUAGACGCCAACAAGGAAUCGGCGUUCUCAUGGAGCACGUGCGCCAUCGGACGAAAUGACCACGGAGUGGAAGAAACGUUGAAGGUCGGCGAGCUGACCUCGGUGCCUGGACUCCUUUUUGUGCCGGCGGCCUUCAGCCCGGAGGGUUUACACCGAUUGACGCACAGCUGCCUGUACGACUAUCCCGAGCGUCCAAACGUCACGAAUCUCGAAGUUCUACCGGCUUCAACAACGAAACGUCUCGGAAGCGUGAAAGUAGCCCUCGACGAUGAACUGAGGAAAAAGCUCCGUUGGGCGACCUUGGGAUAUCAUCAUGAUUGGAACACCAAGGUGUACAACAUGGAGCAUUUCUCCCGAUUCCCGUUUGAGCUCGCUCAGUGCGCCGCCGUUUUCGCUGAAAAAGUUGCUCGUUACGAAUACCAAUAUCGAGCAGAGGCGGCGAUCGUGAACUACUACCCAAUCGGAAUGACUCUGGCAGGCCACGUCGACCAGUCCGAGGAGGACCAGACAGCUCCCCUCGUAUCGAUAUCAUUAGGAUGCACUUGCAUAUUUUUGAUCGGUGGCUCAAGCCGCGCCGUGCGGCCGUCAGCUCUGUUCCUACGUCAUGGGGAUGUCGUGAUCAUGACGGGUCCCGCUCGCCAAGCUUACCAUGGAGUUCCUAGAGUAUUCAUUGAAAAGGGCUCAGACAGGCCGGACGCCUACGCUCUCGCUGGUGAUUGCGAAGAGAGCAUCUGCAAGAAGUACCUCUCGAAGCAUCGGAUUAAUAUAAAUAUUCGACAAGUUCACAAGCCCGACGUCUAGCGGCUCCGGUAGCCAGACAGCGGGGCCGUGAUCCCGAUUAGUGAUUUCCUUGAUCUCUUAGAUUCUACGCGUAUCAAAUGCAAUAUCUCGGACUCCUUGAAGACCCUUAGAGAUGAAGCUGUUGUGCUUGUCUUGAAACGGGGAAACGGACUUGGAGGACGCGCAAAUGUUUCGCCCGAGUCGUGCGGCACCCGUCAGUGAUCUAGGCGCAUAUCUCUGUGAGACCUGUCUACUCUACAUAUUGCUCAUAGUGACUGACCCUUGCUCCCUAGUGAUGUUAAGUUUGGCAUUAAAGCUCGGAGGUU